AUGACAACUGGAGCCCUGAAUGCCUCCACUACUGCUUCUAAUGUCACAGUGACAGCAACACCCAACACAACCACUGGAAAUAAAACUGUGACAGCAACACCCGACACAACCACUGGAAAUAAAACUGUGACAGCAACACCCAACACAACCACUGGAAAUAAAACUGUGACAGCAACACCUGACACAACCACUGGAAAUAAAACUGUGACAGCAACACCUGACACAACCACUGGAAAUAAAUCUGUUUCUGUCCCUCCUUCAGUGACACCAACAACUAAUCAAACAGCUGAAAGCAGUGAGAGCCGAGCAAAUGGGUUGCUUGAGCAGACCAGUGAUGUGUCCAAACUGAACUCCAGUCAGGUGGAUCAGUUAGUAUCUCAGUUGCAGGAUCUUUUGUCUGGCCCCAAUGUCAGCCUGGCUCUGGGAAACACCUCUGUGCAUAUCAUCAGCAAUCUGCUGGGUGCUUCACCUGAAACGCUGGCUGCCUCCUCAAACAGGAUCAUAGGGAUUGUUGAUACAGUGGGACUAAAGCUGCUCCUUAAAGAAUCGACUGAGACUCUCUUGUCGCCAGCUGUGGCUCUUUCUGUGAAACCAGCAGAUGGCAGUAAUUUUCAGGAAACAUUUUUUUCCAUCUCAGACCCCACUAACGUACAGGUCCGUGGGGAUCCCAGGCUCAGGAGGAGUGUGGGAAAAGACUCUUCGAUCCCGCAGGGCUCCAUCAAGCUGCCCCCCUCUCUCACACAGGAUCUAACCUCUGGGGAGCAGCAGCUGGCCUCCAGGGUCCAGUUCAGUUUCUACCAGAAAAGCACCGUGUUCCAGGACAGAUCUCUGGGAAGUCGCAAACUUAAUAGUGGUAUCCUGGGAGCGAGUGUGGCCAACCUGUCAAUCUCAGGACUGCAGGAUGAUGUAAUAAUUCACCUGAGGAACAAAGAGCCUGUUCCAGCUGAUUUUAAAGCUACGUGUGUUUUCUGGGACUUUACAUUUAAUAAUGGAUCAGGUGGUUGGAAUGGAAAUGGCUGUUCUGUCCAAAACCACACAGAUAAUGAGACCAUUUGUGGCUGCAACCAUCUUACCAGUUUUGCUAUCCUGCUGGAUCUCUCCGGACAGCCCCCGACCAGUCGUCUCCAGGCCACCAUCCUUAGUUUCAUCACAUACAUCGGCUGUGGAAUUUCUGCUAUCUUCCUGUCUAUCACCCUCCUCACUUACUUGGCCUUCGGGAAGUUGCGUAAGGACAUUCCAUCCAAAAUCCUGAUCCAGUUGUGCCUGGCUCUGCUGAUGCUGAACCUGGUCUUCCUGGUAGACGCGUGGCUGGCACUCUAUCCUGAAGCUGUGGGCCUCUGCAUUUCCACUGCCUGGUUCCUUCACUACUUCCUUCUGGUUUCCUUCACCUGGAUGGGACUUGAGGCCGUCCACAUGUACCUGGCCCUCGUGAGGGUCUUCAACAGCUAUAUAUCACGCUACAUGCUGAAGUUCUCGCUGGUUGGCUGGGGCAUCCCAAUGAUCGUGGUCAUUAUCGUCAUAGCGAUCGACAAGAAUAACUAUGGCCUUGUCUCCUAUGGAAAGUUUGAAGAUGGCACUUCUGAUACUUUCUGCUGGCUGAAAAAUGAGAUUGCCUUCUAUGUAGCAGUGGUGGCAUAUUUCUGUGUCAUUUUUCUGUUCAACUUCAUCAUGUUCAUUGUGGUGUUGGUCCAGCUGUGUCGGCUAAAAAGGCAGAACCCUCACAAUGUGCAGCACCGCAGCACCCUGCAGGAUGCGCGCAGCGUGGCGGGGAUAACUAUCCUCCUGGGCCUCACCUGGGGUUUCGCCUUUUUUGCCUGGGGGCCCCUUAACCUGCCAUUCAUGUACCUCUUCUCCAUCUUUAACUCCUUGCAAGGUUUCUUCAUAUUCCUGUUACACUGUGCGGUGAAGGAAAAUGUGCGGAAGCAGUGGAGGACCUAUCUGUGCUGUGGCAGAAUGAGACUAGCAGAGAACUCAGAGUGGAGUCGCACUGCAACACAAAAGACAACGAAGAAGUUAUCAGCGACCAGACUAACAUCGCUUCAUUCGUCAAAGUCCUCCCAGUCCAACAACUCAACCAGCUCUACUUCCUACCUUGUCAGUGACUCUUCAGAGCAGUCAAAUGGUGUUGGUAACCCAUUUGACGAAAGAGCCAUCACUGCUGAUGAAAACCAUAAUAGAGACGUGAUCCUCAACGAGAUCAACAGGCAGCACAGAAACCAACAAGUGCCCUGA